AUGAUUACACAUGUGAUUAAUCAAAAUAGUGAUAGUACUAAUCCUCUUACCCUUUGUGAUGAUGAUGAUGAUAUAUAUAGAACUGGUUCAAUUAAAGGAAGUAUAUUAGGAAAUAAAGAUCAGCAACAACAAACACCUACUACAACCACAACCACAACAACAACAGCAGCAGCAGCUACUGAUACAAAUAAUGUACAAUCAACAAAUAAUAAUAAUAAUAAUAAUAAUGCAUCACCAACUAUAACACCUGCAACAACUACACCUGCAACAUCAUCACCAAACUCAUUAUAUAGUAAUUUACAACCAGUAGUAGAUGUAAUCAAAGAAAAUGUUGUACAACCAGUAACCGAUGUAUUAAAGAUGACCGUUGUAGAUGUUGAAACACUCAAAGAGUUUACUGAAAAGGAUAUCACAGUUGCACUUCAAAAUAUGACAACAUCUGUUACCAAUUCAGUGGCUUCAUCUUCAUCUGCAAAUCUACCAUCAAUCUCUCAAUUAAAAGAAUCAUUACAAGAUGUUGACCUAUACAAUGGUUCACUCUUGCUUCGAACCUAUGAAAUUAAAUUAAAACAAAUUAGAACAAAUGGUGUAAUAUUGGCUGAAAGAGCUGAAGAAUUAGAUAAAAGAAUAUUCCCAUUGGUAAAGACAUGCACAGUCCAAGCAGAGUCUUGGAAAAAAGCACAAUCAGAGUUGACAAAACUCGAUGAUAUGAAUAAUAUGGUUGAAUCGAUUACACUAACUUUGGACUCUUUGGUAUCAAAGAUUGAAGCUUUGGAAAUUAGUCUAUCGAUUGACGUUGAAAAUUAUAUUGAUAAUCAACAUCAAAAAUGGAAAGAACAAAAAGAAUUGGAAUUUAAUAGAUAUGAAGCUUCAAAAAAAGCUGAAUUAAUUAAAUUAGAGGAAGAUUUAAUAAAUGCUUAUAAUAGACAUGAAAGAGAAAAGGCAGCAAAGGAAAGAGCAAUUCAAUUGGAACAAGAGAGAUUGGCUAGAAGAAAGUUGGAUGAGGAAUUACAAAGAAAAGUAAAGGAAGAAGCUAGUUUGAGAUCAAAUCUAGACAAGACUAUUCAAAAACAAUUAAAUGAUUACAAGACUAGUGGUGUCAUACCAACAACCUCCUCUAGUAGUAUUGGUGGUACCACUGCACCUGCAACCGAUUCUAAUCAACCAACUACUACAAUCGAGCAAAUAGUUCCUGAAGAUAGCUCAUCUGAUCUAGAGAAUUUCUUGGCUCCAACCCCUCCAACCACUUCUCCCACCCUUACCUCUCAACAACCAGCAGUAAUCUCAACAACCGAUAAUUUAACUCUUACUCCAUCAUCCGAAUCAACUAAAGAACAACAACAAGUGGUGGUUGAAGAGAAAGUAGAAGAACCAGUUCAAAAAGAUAAUGAACAAGUUGAAGAGAAAAAAGAAGAAGAAGAACCAGUUCAAAAAGAAGAAGAAAAGAAAGAAGAAUAG